CACCCUCCUCCUCCUUUCUGCAUAAUUAGGUGUGUUUCCUUUCUCUCUCUCUCUCUCUCUCUCUCACUCUUAGAGAGAGAAAACUCAUACUCAUUAUAUUCACUAAAAAUUAGAAAAGAAAAAAGAAAACAGUCUGGCUUUAGUAAUUGGCUUUCAAUGCCAUUUCAACUAUAAAACCUACUUCUUCUUAAACCCUUUUCUUGUGUCUUCUCUCUUCUUCUUCUUCUUCUUCCAUUCUUUUCCUCUCUACAAUUUUUUUUUUCAUUUUUGUGAAUAACCCAUUUUCCCACGCUUCAUCAACAUUCAAUUUCCCAACUAAGAAAGUUUGAAUCUUUUUCUCUUCUUCAUAUCUUAUCUCCACAUUUUCUCACCAACCAAACAGCAAAACAAAGAAAAAACAAAAAAAUAAAAAACAACAAAAAUCCUGCAACAAACAUGGACGUGGGAUUCGCUUUAGUUAUAGUAACAGCAGUAACGGCGUAUCUUCUUUGGUUUACUUUCAUUUCACGGUCGUUAAAAGGCCCUCAAAUGUGGCCGUUGCUCGGCAGCCUCCCUGGCUUAAUCGAAAAUUGCGACCGCUUACAUGAUUGGAUCUCCGACAACCUCCGCGCCUGUGGCGGUACCUACCAAACCUGCAUCUGGGCUUUCCCUUUCUUCGCUAAAAAGCAAGGCCUCGUGACCGUCACGUGUGACCCGAGAAAUCUCGAACAUAUUCUCAAGACCCGAUUCGACAAUUACCCCAAAGGCCCCACUUGGCAAGCUGUUUUUCACGAGUUGCUUGGUCAAGGCAUUUUUAACUCCGACGGUGACACCUGGCUUUUCCAAAGAAAAACUGCUGCUUUGGAGUUUACUACUAGGACUCUUCGUCAAGCCAUGGCCCGUUGGGUUAGCCGCGCUAUUAAGUUGCGAUUUUGCCCUAUUCUCAAAGAAGCUGAGUUGAAUUCGCACCCGAUUGAUCUUCAAGACGUGUUGUUACGUCUUACUUUUGAUAAUAUUUGUGGUUUGGCUUUUGGAAAAGAUCCAAUGACUUGUGCCCCAGGUUUCCCCGAAAAUGGCUUUGCCAUGGCUUUCGAUCGAGCCACAGAAGCUUCGUUGCAACGGUUUAUUUUACCGGAAGUGCUUUGGAAAUUCAAAAAGUGGCUUCGGCUUGGAAUGGAAGUCAGCUUGAGCCGAAGUUUAGUUCAUAUUGAGGAGUAUUUAUCUAGUGUGAUUGAUUCACGUAAGCUCGAGUUGCUGAAUCAGCCUAAGGACUCCACGCCACACGAUGAUCUAUUGUCGCGGUUCAUGAAGAAAAAGGAUGGUAAUUACUCCAACGCGUUUCUUCGCCAUGUGGCGCUUAAUUUCAUCCUAGCUGGACGUGACACGUCAUCCGUUGCGCUGAGCUGGUUUUUCUGGUUGGUAACAUUAAACCCACUCAUUGAAGAAAAAAUCCUCCGUGAGAUCUGCACCGUUCUGCUCGAGACACGUGGCAACAACAUCCAAUCAUGGCUCGAUGAACCGUUAGGAUUCGAAGAGAUCGACCGUCUGAUUUAUCUCAAAGCCGCUCUCACCGAAACCCUAAGACUCUACCCGUCGGUACCAGAAGAUUCCAAACACGUCGUCGCCGACGACAUUCUCCCCGACGGAACCUUCGUUCCGGCGGGAUCAUCGGUUACGUAUUCGAUCUAUUCCACGGGUAGAAUGAAGUCUACAUGGGGAGAAGACUGCCUCGAAUUCCGACCUGAGCGAUGGUUAACGGCGGAUGGAAAGAAAUUCAUACAGUAUGAUCCGUACAAAUUCGUAUCGUUCAAUGCAGGGCCAAGAAUCUGCCUAGGGAAGGAUUUAGCGUAUUUACAGAUGAAGUCGAUAGCGGCGGCUGUGCUACUCCGGCACCGGCUGACGGUGGCGGCAGGGCAUAAGGUGGAACAAAAAAUGUCGUUGACGCUGUUUAUGAAGUACGGGCUGAAGGUGAACGUUCACAAGAGGAAUUUGGAGGGAAUGGUGGAAAGUAUGAGGGGCAAAUACGGAAACUCGCAUGGGAAAGAUGGUCCGUUAAUCGCGGUUGUGAACUGUAACGGGGGAUGUAACGGAGUGAAGGAAGUAGAACGCUAAGGGCGUGAUUGGUGGUUCGGUAAAUUUAAGAGGUUAAUUUAUAAAAAUAUAAUAAUAUAUAAUGAUGUGGACCCAAGCAAUGGCGAAUGGGGGACACGCGCCGGUCAGGUAUUUAAAGUGUGUUUGAUUACACGGGAUUGAAGGGGAAAAGGAUAAAGUGACCAUGACUGUGAUGAAAGUCAGUCAUGUAAGGGGAAGAGGUAGUGGUAAUUAAUGGGAAGAAAAUAUUCAUCAA